GCAAUAACAGUGGGUGGCAGUGGACAAAUAGCUAUUUUAUUAAACACAAGGUGACAAAACUGUGAGCUGUGAGUCCGGACAGGACUAAAAUUACCAGAGGACCACAGAGUUCAGCGAAAAACAGCAGAAGCAGUGAAGGACUGUUACGGUUACACAAGUUAGAGAGCCCCUGUCGAAAUCCAGCAGGGUUCCUUCUCAUCCCACAUCAGUACAGAGGGGCAGGGCACCAGCGCCCUGUCUCCGCCUUUGGGCGGGGCUAUUCUCUCUUUGCCGUCGGUUGGUUUUGAUUUGACCAAUGAGAGGUGAGCUUAACAGCGGCAAACAUUUUGAAUUUCAAACGGAUUUGAAAACACUCGGAUCUGGGUUUCGUGUUUUGCUUCGGGACGGCACCGCGCUGAUAAUCCUGCCCUGUUACAUGAACAAAGAGAAUAUGUCUCGUUUACCGGUCAUAUCCGGGAAACGGCCUUUUGGCAGCACCACAGAUUUAGAGCACCAGCAGCCUGCACUGAAGAAACAACGGCAGAUUGAGACUGAGGCAUCUCAAAAGGUUAGACCUGCUUACAGUGUGGUGCCCCCUCGACGUCCGGUGCCAGCCAAAGCAGUCACUAGACCUCUUCGUCCAACUGGAGCAGCUACAGUGGCAUCAGCUCCUGCGAGAGGCGACAUAAAAAAAACUGCACCUGCAGCAGUUGCUAAAGGUGUGGGAGCAUCAAAGAGACCAGCAUGGGACCUGAAGGGGAAGGUAAGCGACAUGGAGAACAAAAUCCACAACUACCAGAGUCGAAUGAAGUCUGUUAACCAGGAAAACGAGGGCCUUAAAGAUAAAAUUGCAAAGGCCCAGAAAAAUGAGGCGGAGUUUCAAGAGGAGAAUGUGAAACUAAUGCUGCAGCUAAGGAAAGUUGAAGAGCAAUAUUCUCAAUUAUUAACUGUUAAAGAUGACCUGGAGAAGACUAUUAAAGAGAGAGAUGACCUGCUGAAGGACCUGAAGAUGCUAAGAGCUGAACAUGAUGUUCUGCAGAGGCUCAGAGAAAGUCUAGACACUGAGCUAAACAAUGUGCAGAGCCAGCUUUCUGUUCAGACAUCUGCUUUGAGCCGUUGUCAGAACAGUCUGCGGGAGAGUCAGGAGACAGUAAAAAGCUUGGAAGAAACCACAGCCCGGCAGAAGGAUGAGCUCCACUAUGGUGAAAUGGAACGCAGAAAAUUGCAUAACACUAUCCAGGAGCUAAAGGGUAACAUCAGAGUUUUCUGCAGAGUGCGUCCUCUGCUUUCCAACAAGGAAGCAACCAUCCCGCACAUUCAGUUACCUGCCCAUGACAACAAGGCUCUAAUGCUUGCCAAAAUGGAGGAGUCUCAUGUAGGACGUACCACUGACACUCAAAAGUGCUACAACUUCAGCUUUGAUCGUGUGUUUGGGCCACACAGCUCCCAAACUGAGGUCUUUGAGGAAAUCUCCCUCCUGGUACAGUCAGCUCUGGAUGGAUACAAUGUCUGCUGCUUUGCUUAUGGCCAGACAGGCAGUGGCAAAACAUUUACCAUGGAAGGAGGAGACAUGGAUGAUGUGCGAGGUGUCAUUCCCAGAGCUGUUCAGCAGAUUUUCAGAUCUGCUAAGACACUUGAGGAGCAAGGCUGGCAGUACAGCUUUACAGCAAGCUUUGUUGAAAUUUACAACGAAACCCUGCGGGACCUGCUGUACACUGGCAAACCCAACAAGAGGCCAGAGCAUGAGAUCAGGAAGACCUCCAACAAUGAGGUCACAGUCACCAACCUAACCUACCAAAGAGUCAACACAGAGGACGAGGUUUGCAACCUGAUCAUCUUGGCAAACCAGAACAGAUCAACUGCCCGGACGAGCAUGAAUGACCAGUCCUCUCGCUCACAUUCAAUUUUUCAGCUGGACAUUGAGGGAGAAAACGCUGGCCGAGGCACCAAGUGCAAGUCUUCCCUGUGUCUAGUGGACUUGGCUGGCAGUGAGAGGGUCCAAAAGAGCCAGUCUCAAGGAGAGCGGUUUAAGGAGAUGACUGCUAUUAACUCUUCCCUCACCAAUUUGGGCAUCGUGAUUGCUGCUCUUGCGAACAAGGAGAAUUUUGUGCCUUAUCGCAACUCUAAGCUUACCUACCUUCUUCAGGGAUGUCUUGGAGGAAACAGCAAGACUUUGAUGUUUGUUAACAUUUCACCAGAAGAAGAGAGCUUCAACGAAUCACUAAAUUCACUUCGCUUUGCAAGCAAGGUCAAUGACUGUGUUAUCGGGACAGCCACUGCCAAUCGGAAGUAGCCACUUUGAAUGUCUUCAGUUCCUCUAAAUGAUGGAUUGUUUUUCAGUGUAUAUUUUGCAUUUUAACAAUUGCUUUGUAUGUUUAAAAAUUGCAUAUUCAGAAUAUCCAAUGUUUUAAUCAGCUUUUAUUCCUGACUCUUCUGCUCAUUUUAAAGCAUAUUAAAGCCAAGUGUAGUCUACUACUUUAAUUUUGUUUUGAUUUAUUAAGAUACAUUUUAUACCUGGAGUAAUGGCUUAAAGACAUUUUUGUCAUCUGAGCAGGAUGAAUGCUUGGCAUGAAUAAACUUAUUUCCAGCAACAGAGAAAUAUUUGUAUGAUUGUAUCAUAAAAUUAAAUUCAGCAUACUGUAAUACUCUUUCAGUACUUGUUAUUAAAACAAACCUUUGAGUCCUU